CAUGCAACCCUAAAUAUGUUCAGCAGCCUCCACGGCUGCACUGACAUGCCUUGUUACAUAAUCAUGCAUGUUGAGCCUGCAAAAUGAAAGCGCAAGUGGAGGAGGAAACAUGCGCAGUUGCAGCCUCGUCGGCAGCAUCAGGACCAAAAUGAUCCCAGGGAGCGCGCGAUGCAAGAAGAUGGUGCAUGUAAACACGCCGAGGGGGAUGACUGUGUCUUUUUCUCGCACCGCAGUCGCUGUACGUGCGUCCACGAAACCGACCUUUGAAUGAAUUUCGUUUGGGGACGACAAGAGAGAGAGAGAGAGAGAGAGAAAGCGAGAAAAAAAAUAACGUCUCAUUUUCAGUCGGCAGAUGCGCGCAGACGGAGCGACGAAGACUGAACGACAAUAACGACACGGAGUCAAAUCGGUUUGGCCGCAUUACGACGCGUUAAAUCCUCCGCGGGGCUGCGACGGACAACACGCGCAACACAGAAAACAGAUACCCCCCCCCACCCCCCUCCCCUCCUCUCAUGUCACCCCGCACGGCAGGCUUUCUCGUGUAAUGGUCGCGGGGUUCUAGUGGGAUGCACAUCAGUGUUUGGCCGUACUCGCUCUCCGUCGUAAUGGCAGCUCUGUACCAGGGCACGGACGCUUCCUCUCCGGAUACAUUUCUGGCCUUGAAAGACGUGCGAGAGGUGAAAGAGGAAACUACGCUGGACGAGAAGCUCUUCUUGCUGGCGUGCGAGAAAGGCGACUACUACAUGGUGAAGAAACUGCUUGAGGAGAACCGCCACGGCGAGCUCAACCUCAACUGCGUGGACGUGCUGGGCCGGGACGCCGUCACCAUCACCAUCGAGAACGAGAACCUGGACAUCCUGCAGCUGCUCCUGGAACAUGGCUGCCAGGCGACGGACGCCUUGUUGGUGGCCAUAGACUCUGAGGUGGUGGGAGCUGUGGACAUCCUCCUCAACCACAGGCCGAGGAGAUCCUCCAAGCCCUCCAUUGCAAAACUGAUGCAGCGUAUUCAGAACCCAGAGUAUUCCACCACCAUGGACGUGGCUCCGGUCAUCCUUGCAGCCCACAGGAACAACUACGAGAUCCUGACCAUGCUGCUGAAACAGGACAUCUCGCUCCCCCGGCCCCACGCCGUAGGCUGCGAGUGCACGCUUUGCAACGCCAAAAACAAGAAGGACAGCUUACGGCACUCCAGGUUCCGCCUGGACAUCUACCGCUGCCUGGCCAGCCCCUCUCUGAUCAUGCUGACUGAAGAAGACCCCAUUCUUAGGGCCUUUGAACUGAGUGCAGACCUCAAGGAGCUCAGUCUGGUGGAGGUGGAGUUCAGGAAUGAUUAUGAUGAUCUGGCGAAGCAGUGUAAGAUGUUCGCCAAGGACCUGCUGGCUCAGGCUCGAAACUCUCGAGAGCUCGAAGUGAUUCUCAACCACACAUCCAAUGAGGAUCAAGUUGACAAGAGGGGUCUCCUUGAGGAGCGGAUGAACCUCAGCCGACUCAAGCUCGCCAUCAAGUAUAACCAAAAAGAGUUCGUGGCUCAGUCCAACUGUCAGCAGUUCCUCAACACCGUCUGGUUCGGGGAGACGGCCAGUUACCGGCGCAAGCACACCUGUCUGAAGAUGGCCACGGUGCUGAGCGUGGCCAUGCUUUGGCCGCUGCUCUCCGUCUGCUACCUUUUGGUGCCGCGCUCCCGCGUGGGCCAGAUCAUCCACACGCCCUUCGUCAAGUUCAUCAUCCACAGCGCCUCCUACUUCACCUUCCUGCUGCUGCUGAACCUGUACUCUCUGGUCUACAACGACGGCAAGAAGAACACCAUGGGCCCUGCGCUGGAGAUGAUCGAUUACCUGCUCAUCCUUUGGAUCAUAGGCAUGGUGUGGUCCGAUGUGAAGCGCCUGUGGUACCAGGGGCUGGAAGACUUUCUGGAUGAGUCGAGGAACCAGCUGAGCUUCGUCAUGAAUUCCCUUUACCUGGCCACCUUUGCCCUCAAGAUAGUUGCUCACAGCAAGUUCAAGAAUGUGGAGGAAACGGAGAGGAAGAACUGGGACGCCUUCCACCCCAUCUUGGUGGCCGAGGGCCUGUUUGCCUUCGCCAACGUUCUGAGUUACCUACGACUCUUCUUCAUGUACACCACCAGCUCCAUACUGGGACCACUACAGAUCUCCAUGGGUCAGAUGCUGCAGGAGUUUGGGAAGUUUUUGGGCCUCUUCCUGUUGGUGUUGUUCUCCUUCACCAUUGGACUCACCCAGCUGUACGGAAAGGACCAGCAGGACCCGGACAAGAAUCCACCGAAGGACUGCGAGGGCAUCUUCUGCCAGCGGCAGAGCAACGAUGCCUUCCACACGUUCAUGGGCACCUGCUACGCCCUGUUCUGGUACAUCUUCUCCCUGGCACACGUGGCUCUCUUCGUCACCCGUAUCAGCUACACGGAGGAGCUGCGCUCUUUUGUGGGCGCCAUGAUCAUAGGCACCUACAACAUUGUGGUGGUGAUCGUGCUGACCAAGCUGCUGGUGGCCAUGCUCCAUAAAAGCUUCAGACAAAUUGCUAAUCACGAGGACAAGGAGUGGAAGUUCGCUCGGGCCAAACUGUGGCUCAGCUACUUUGAUGACAAGUGUACCAUGCCUCCGCCAUUCAACAUCCUCCCCUCCCCGAAGACUGUCUGCUACCUGGUGACCAGCAUGAGCAAGUGGAUCUGUUCUCACACCUCAAAGGGCAAAGUGAAGCGACAGAACAGCCUCAGGGAGUGGAAGAACCUGAAGCAGAAGCAUGACGAGAACUAUCAAAAGAUCAUGUGUUGCCUGGUUCACCGCUACUUGACCUCCACGCGGCAGAAGAUGCAGAGCACGGACCAGGCCACCGUGGAGAAUCUCAACGACCUGCGCCAAGACCUCUCAAAGUUUCGCAAUGAAAUGAGGGACCUGCUGGGUUUCCGGACCUCCAAAUAUGCCAUGUUCUACCCAAGGAGCUAAAAAAAAAAGGACUAGAUUUCACUUUCCCCUCUCUCCGGUGGACAAAACCUCUGCUUCUCGUUUUUUCUGGGAUGCUGUGUGUUUCCGAGCAUGUGCACAAACUCUGCCCUUUGAACCUGGACCUUAACUAGAAGUAUAUAUAUACGUAUAUAUUCUCCACCAAAGCCUCCCGACUCAGGCCCCCGUAUGUAUUAAUCAGCUAUUCAACCUUUUUGUAAAUAAAGAAAGCCAUUGAUUUCAUCAGAAAACUAUUUAACAAUUUAUAGAAACGUUGAUUUAAUGGCAUAAAGAACUGAUUUUGCUGACUACAAAUGCUGCUUUUUUGAUUAAUCUCUUUGAAAACUAAUCUUUGUCGUGUUUUUUUCAACUAACGAUCUCAGAAUGCCAAAUACACAAAAACGUGAUCCAUUCUCAUUUUUAGCAUAAUUGCCUUGACCUCUCUCCACAAAUCCAAUCCACAUAUUAUUGGCCAUCUUUCGCUUUCCAUUUGAAAGUUAUUGUACAAAGACAGAGAAACAUGAGGAACAUGUUAAAGGAGUUUUAUUUGGCAAGAUAGAAACAAUAAAAUAUAAAUAGUAUUCACAGA